AUGGGCAACCAACCCUCAAAGCCUCCAAGUCGCUCCACGACGCACCAUGAGAAGGAUGAGAAGCAACAGAGACUCGAAAAAGAGAAGGAACGAGAGAAAGAAUUAGAGAGGAAUCGGGAUAGAGAAAAGGAGAGAGAAAGGGAGAAGGAAAAGGACAGAGAGAGGAAGGUCAAUAGAAGGAUAUCCUUCCAAGCUCUUUCCCAUGGCAAAGCUACUGCUGCAGAUCCUUCUGCUACGACUACGAGUGCGCUCGCCCAAACAAUAUCUCAACCUCCAGCACAAAACCAAAACCUACAGCAGCAUCUACAGGCGACUCAAUCACAUAGCCCUGAUCAAAAUGCAAAGAGUGCUGCGUCCGCAGACAGAUCUAUUUCACCGGGAGUCAUCUAUGAAGAGCAGAAAGAGCGGAGUUAUCGGCUGAAGGAGAACCCUGUGCCCUUACCCACUCCUGUAGCGAAUGCCGAGCCAUCCAUUCCCAUGGACGUUCCUGGUUCAACAACGACAAAAAUUGCUCGAGAUAGCAGGGAGGGGAGCGCAGCAUCCAAGCCAUCUCCUCCGGCCUUGACACCGCAGUACACCCCUAUAUCGAGCAUGAUAAGACCACCGAGGCUUCCAUUAGCAAUCGCAGAUGAGGUGCGCGCUCCGGACUCACCGCCGUUGGAACCAGCUGGGACGACAGAUGAGGAGAUCUCUAUUUUCGACGAUGAGGAGGCAGAACUCCCGCGGAAGAAUUCCACUCUCAGCAGCGCAACAGCGGAUGACGAAGACGUUGGGCAUGAACUGCAACCUUAUGCUGUUGAUACAGGAGGUGUCAAUGUGGUACCCACCAGGAUUGAUUGGAAAGGUGAUGGAGAAAGGGUCUACGUGACGGGUACAUUUGCCCAUUGGGACAGGAAGUUCCGUCUACAUCCAAGCGAGAGAGGAGAAGGCAUGACUGCCACGAUAGGAUUCCCACCAGGAACACAUCACCUCAAGUUUAUUGUCGAUGGAGAAAUGGUCCCAUCACCUGACCUUCCCACAACUGUGGACAUUCACAACGUGCUUGUCAACUAUAUCGAGGUGGUGGCAGACGAACCACCCAGAGGCAGACGCGAGAGUGGUCAAAAGGCAAAAACAAUUCCUCUAGACCUCUACCACCCACCAAUCGCUCUGCCUGACGAGGAGGAACUGGACUCGGGAGAGGAGACUCCGGAACGAGAGGAAGAGCUAUCAGAGCCCUCAGACGAGGAGAUUCCUAUUGGCGAUUUCAGACAGCUCAUGCCUCAGGCUCUGAUGGACAUGGACCUGUCAGAGGACAAUCCGAAAUUCAGACAAGCAUACAACAUCAUCAAUGAUACUCCCGGGCCUCCAAGCCUACCCCUGUUCCUAGGCAAAUCGAUUCUCAACGGUAUACUGCCACACAAGGAUGAUAACAGCGUCUUGACCCUACCGAACCAUACCGUCCUGAACCAUCUCGCCACAAGUAGUAUCAAGAAUGACGUGCUGGCCACGAGUGUGACCACCCGCUACAAGAAAAAGUACGUUACCACGAUCAUGUACAAACCCACGUUCGAAGCGAUAGAAGCAUAG